AUGAGCGGUCCACUCGAUCCUUUCACACGUUGCACCUACGAACACUUGACCAUGGCAGAGCAUGAGCUCAAGAAAAUGUCUACGGGCGAGUUAGAGAAGGCGUUGAAGAUAGUUUGCCGUGGAAGCAAAGCCGUCGUUAAGAUGUCAAAGUCAGAAGAUGAAGCCAACUUCUUGAUUCAUGGAACCCCACAGGAAAUGAAGAGGGCUAGAAACCUUAUACGAACACACUUUGAACGUGAACGUCCCGUUACCACACUUACGUUUGAAAUCCCCACGAGAAGACGUAGCGCAGUAGUGGGGCCGAAAGGGAGAACAGUGAGGUCCAUCAAAAGAAAGCACAAUGUGGAAAUCACAAUUGCUCGCAAGCGCUUUCGAGAGUAUUCUUCAUACCAUAUCCCUGAGAAAAUAUUCUUUCGUGAUAAUUUGCUGCUGGUAGAUGGCAUUGACUUUGCCCCUACAGUACAAGUGAACGUGAAAGGCUACAAGACAGAUUGUUGGGGUGCGAAAGACCUGAUCUCGAGGAUAGUGUUGCUAGAGGUUGAGAAUUGGUGGCACUUUUCAGACGAACUUUAUGUUUACAAAGCGAGAGAAAAGGUUAAAGAGUCUCUUGGGGGUUCGAUACGUCUUGGUUAUUAUCGUGGAUGUUACAGCAAAGUAGGAGUGCAAGGCGACAGAGAUUCAGUUUCUGAGGCGAUGAAAAUCCUCCGCUCGUAUGCGAGCCUCUUUUGUGAUUCGGUGAUUGUUCCGUAUGUAUUUGGCGCCGAGGACUUUGAGAGCUGUGUCCAGAAUGUCGAAAUGCUCUCCACUCACAACAAUGUAACUGAGAGGAGGAUCUUUAUCAAGGGUCAUGAAACAGAUGUGAUCCUGGCUAAAAAAAAUAUUCUUGAACGUGUUGCUACGUAUUUUUCUCAGAGAUUGGUGUUGGCAGACCUUCAUGGUGGAAAUAUUGAGCAUGUUAGAAUGUUAUUGUCGCUCGAUGAUGUAAAGUCCGAAUUCCUCCACUUGUGUUUAAGAAAUAAAGUUAUAGGAAGAUUGCCAACUCGAAGAUUGAAGGACGUGGAGUUCAUCGAGGUUUUUGGUCCUAAAUACCCCGAGGUGGCACUAGUGGUCCGUGAAUUACAGAGUAUGCUAGAAAGGAUGAAGCCAAGUGACUUUUACGUCUGCUCGGAUGAAAAGCUUGUCUGGAAGUUACAAGUAAGGGAUCUUUAUAAAGGGAUUCCAGAUACGAUGAGGGCUUCCGUGGUACAUGGUACCUUGCUACUCUAUGGGAAGCAUUUAUCAAGUGGACAUGCAUCCCAGUUGCCUUCAAAUACUGAGCGUGAAAAGGCUUUUGAGUCGUUGAGGCAGUGGGCAGGUGCUAGGUCAAAAGUUGUUCUAGAUGUGCCAUCAAAAUAUAAAGCACUCCUCGAACUCGGGUUUGUCCAGAUGACCAUUCAUGAUAAACCUUUUGAAUCAUACCCACAGCCCCAGUAUGCUGUUCAGCAGCCGUCAGCCCAACCAUCGUACGGCGGCUACGGUGUGGACCAGGCUACGCAGGGCUUCCAGAAUAUGAACAUUCAACAAAACCAGCAACAACAGGCCCAAUUCCCCGCCAAUGGCAACGGCCAAGCCUACCCAGCUCAGCAAACACCCGGUUAUGGCUACCAGGCUGACCCGUACGCGCAGCCACAGGCGCAGCAACCCCAACAGGCUCAGUAUCAGGCUCCAGCACAAAAUCAAUACCAGAACCAGUACCAAAACAACUACGGCGGUGCCGAUCCUUACGGCCAACAGCCUCAAUCGCUGUACUACGGCGGUGCUGCUCCUACGGUGGGCGCAGGUGCUGCGGGCACCUUGCCAUUGAACCAGUUGUACACGACGGACUUAUCGAAAGAGUUGCCUCCUUCCAUCUCUGACUUGACGUUGCCCCCACCUCCUUUGAUCGUGCCCCCAAGCUCCACGAUUGUCCCUGGAUCUGAGACUGCGAACGCGUCGUCUGAUUAUCUCCGCUCAACUUUGAACGUGAUUCCUGUGAACUCGUCCCUUUUGAAGAAAUCCAAGUUGCCCUUGGCACUUGUGGUUCGUCCUUACACAGCCUUGCAUGAGUCUGUCGAGCAGGCGCCGGUCACCCGUGAUACUAUCAUCUCGCGUUGUCGUCGUUGUAGAGGUUAUAUCAAUCCGUUCGUCUCGUGGACCGAGGGCGGCAAGAGAUGGAGAUGUAACUUUUGUGGCUUACAAAAUGAUGUUCCCGCGGCUUUCGACUACGAUGAGUUGACUCAAAAGUCUCUCAACAGAUACGAUCGUGUUGAGUUGAACAACUCGUGUGUGGAAUUCAUCGCUCCCAAAGAGUACAUGGCCAGAGCCCCUCAGCCUGUUGUCUACACGUUCAUUAUCGAUGUUUCUGCUGAUGCUGUGGCUUCUGGUAUGACGUCUACCGUUGCCAGAACCAUUUUGGAAAGUUUGGACCGUAUCCCAAACACGCAUAAGACUGCUCGUGUCGCUAUUCUCGGUGUGGACUCCAACUUGCACUUCUUCCGUUUCCGCGAGGGAUUGGACGAGGCCCCAGAGAUGUUGAUUGUCUCUGAUCUUGACGAGCCAUUUUUGCCAUCUCCAGAAGGCUUGUUGAUUAAUUUGGAUGAGAAUAGGAAAGCCCUCGAGAAAUUGUUGAUGGAAUUCCCAUCGUAUUUCGAGGGCACCGCCAACCCUCAUUUUGCCUUGGGACCUGCCUUGAGAUCUGGCCACAGGCUUACAAGCAAUAUUGGUGGUAAAUUGGUCGUUUUCUCUGCAACAUUGCCAAGUAUUGGUGAGGGUAAAUUGAUGCCUAGAGAUGAAUCACAGUCUGGUAAACCAAAGGAAGCGCAGACGUUGUUGAAUGCUGCUGACAAAUUCUACAAGGCAUUUGCAGUGGAGUGCAAUUCCGCGCAAGUCUCUAUCGAUUUGUUUUUGACCGGAAACAAAUAUCAAGAUGUGGCAUCCUUGUCAAAUUUGCCUCGCUUCACAGCUGGUCAAACUCACUUUUACCCAUCAUGGUCGUGCACGAAGGUGGAAGAUGUUACCAAGUUGUCUAAGGAAAUUAGCGAGCAUUUGUCGAUGGAAAUUGCUUUGGAGGCUGUCUUGAGAGUUAGAUGUUCCACCGGUUUCAGAAUGAGUGGUUUCUUUGGUAACUUUUUCAACAGAUCUUCAGACUUAUGCUCAUUCCCAUCCUUCCCUAGAGACCAGAGUUACGUUAUCGAGGUGUCUAUCGAAGAGACAAUCACAAAGCCUGUCGUUUAUUUCCAGGCUGCGGUUCUACAUACCACUUGCUUCGGUGAGAGGAGAGUUAGAGUCAUUAAUUUGGCUGUCCCAACCUCGAACAAGUUGGAUGACAUCUACGCUUCUGCUGAUCAGCUUGCCAUCACCAGCUACUUGACUCACAGGGCAAUCGAGAAGGCAUUGUCAAGCUCUUUGGGUGACGGUAGAGACUUCUUGUUUAGGUCGGUCGUUGACAUAUUGAAUGUCUACAAAAAGGAUUUGAUUCCUGGCAACAUGACUGGCUCUUCGCCUUUGCAAAUCUCUACAAACUUGCGUAUGUUGCCGCUUUUGCUCUUCGCCUUGACGAAGAACAUGGGUUUUAGAGACGAGAGGCUUCCAGCAGACCAUAGAGCCAUCGCAUUGAACAAUUUGGGCUCUCUCCCUCUCAAUCAUUUGAUCAAGACCAUAUACCCAACAGUUUACGCCUUGCAUAGCAUGCCAGACUCCUGUGGCUUGCCAGAAACAUACAUCGAAACUGACCCAGAGACCGGUGAGGAGCGCGAGAUCAUCUCGUCCGAUAUCAUGAUGCCAGAGCCUCAGAAUGCUACCAAGACUAAUUGGGAAAACUAUGGAUUGUACUUGGUGGAUAACGGAAGUGAGCUUUUCUUGUGGGUGUCGGGAGAUGUUGUGCCUGAUCUUGUUGGUGACUUGUUCGGAACUAAUAACUUAUACGAGGUUGAGGCCGGUAAGACAGAGUUACCAGAGUUUUCAUACGAGGAAUCCGAGUUCAACUACAAGGUUAGACAGAUCAUCGGCAAGCUUAGAGAACAAAAGGAUUCGAUUGUGUGGAAGAGCUUGUACGUCAUCAUUGGCAGCGGCUCCAACGAGCCUAUGGAUAUGGCUCAGGAGAGACUGUUGGUGGCCUUGCGUUUCUGGGUUUGGAGCAACUUGGUUGAGGACAAGUCCGCCACCUCCAAGGGCUACAGAGAGUUCCUCACUGAUCUCAAAAGCAAAAUCACUGCUUAA